AUGGCCGACCAUCACGACUUUCAUCACGAAGAGAGCGGUGACCCCGCGAGAAUGGUGCAACGACGCCGCCGGCCCCCACUCUCAUGCACUGAAUGUCGACGACGUAAGCUCAAAUGCGAUCGGUCACUGCCAUGUGGCCAAUGCAUUCGCUCAAAGACUGCCGACUGCUGUGUGUUCGUUGGUCCGCAACCAGUGACUACCUCGGAGUCUUCGCACCGCAUGUCGCCGCCUCUAUCGCGCGCACGUCUGCCUAAUGGCUACGAUGACCAGUCCCAAAAUUCAGGGGGCAUGUUUGUUUUUGACGCCAAACUGGGGCCAAAAUCAAGCUCUAGUCGCGUUUCCAAGAGUAGCCAGAAAGGAAGUAAAUCUAACGAGCUUCAAGAACUUCGAAAUCGCAUGAGAAUGCUAGAAAAAAGUAUCUGGAAAUCGAAUGUCCUACAAACUCCCGAAGAGUCGAUCUCCGAUGUAUACUCCGAAAUCACUACCUCGCAGAAUAACUCAGAUGCCUUGGGUGUUGAUGAUAGAGUGCGCUUCUUGCCUGAUGCCAGUUUCCGAGGCAAAAGAGGCAAGACACGGUACUUUGGCCGAAGCCAUUAUACGACAACUGUAUCUUUUUUUCAAGACAUUGGGACUUUCCUACGACGUGGCCGCAACCACUGCAAGGAUCCCGAAUACACCGACAUGAAAAAGUUCAAAUGUGAAAUGUGGUCCCAAGAAAGCAAGGACCACCAGAGCGCUUUUCGCGAGCAAGCCUUCAAAUUGGAAGAGAUGGUUCCUCCACAACAAGUGGCCGACCACCUUUUACGGUUAUAUUUGGACACCUUUGAGACCACAUUUCGCAUCUUACACAUUCCCACAUUCUUGAAGCAAUAUACCGACUACUGGGCGGCUGGCCAGAAAUCCGAGUCCGCAUUCAUCGCUCAACUACUCGCUGUAAUGGCAGCAGGGAGCUGCUUCUAUACACCAUCUGCAGAGCAAGAUGACCGAGAUUCUUACCAGAAGCCAGCAAUGAAGUGGAUCAUGGCCGUGCAAUCAUACAUCUCUUGCACAUUUGUCAGUCCGAGUAUUGACUUCAAGAUGAUUCAGACUCAAUGCCUAUUGCUGGUAGCUCGCCUCGGUGUCGCCGGAGACGGAGAUGUUGCCUGGGCUUCUUCUGGAUCAUUGAUCCGAUCCGCCAUGACAAUGGGGCUCAACCGGGAUCCCUCUCGUUUUCGCAAAGCCAUGUCGCCAUUUUGGGCCGAACUUCGCCGGAGGCUUUGGAUGACGAUUGUGGAGCUUGAUCUGAAAAUAUCCCUCGAUCGCGGUGUGCCGCCAUCUGUUGAUCUAGAUGAGUGUGAUUGCGACGCGCCGUCAAACUGGGAUGAUAAUGACAUGUUCGAGAAGAUGGAACACAGCCCCAGUGAGUCUACCUUGACAAACACUAGUCAGAACUUCUACCAGACAAUACUGGUGAAAACAUUACCCUUGCGAUAUCGGAUCGCCCGCAAAAUCAAUACCCUCAAAUUUAACCUGUCCUACGACGACGCCCUACGCAUGGGAGAAGAGCUUCUCCGGUCAACAAAACAUGCUUCUUCUUUGUUUGACGAUCACGCUCCAGACAUCGACCCAAUAAAAGCGGCACGACAUCGGUUUGCCCAGUCUCUACAUCUAUUCAUGAUGCGGAAAUUUCUCCUCGCUCUGCAUCGCCCGUUCUCGCUCAGUGUGGCGCGUCUUCCCAAAUGUUCAUAUUCUCGAAAGGCGCAAGAAAUGAGCCAGUCGCUUGGGCCGACCAUGGAAGGGGUAAAUUCCAGUGUCUUGAUGAGUAUGGUGCAGUCUCAGCAAGGCGUCAUGCUGCAAGCCGUCGAUCGAACCUUGAAUGAUUUCGGACGACGCAUUGGCCCUAGUGGCAAAGGUUGCAAGCCGUACUUUUUCUUGACCCUUAUCCUAGCAUCCGUCAAGUCGCGCAUUAAGGGAGAGGAUCCAAUGUCCAAUGUUGAAGCAUCGUCGAAAAGAGCAGUUAGAGUUGGUCGGACGUUACUGAACGGUGUCUCAUAUGCAGAUGCUCUAAUCAUUGCCGACCGCCAGGCUGGCCAGACGCCAGUACUGCCUGCAAGCACGACCCCAGCGUCAGGAACAUCGAAUGACUUCGAUCUUCCUUCACUCUUUUCUGCGGACCUGAGUGAUUUCACGCCGCUAGAUCUGGGUGGCUGGUUUGACAAUCUGGAUUAUGGUGGCACAGAGCCUUGGGAUGACAACCUUUUUGGGACCUUACCUUCAAGUAUAUGA